AAACAGGAUCCAAUGGGAGAGUUGGGGACCUGUUCUGAAGGAGAGGGGAGUGUAUCUUUAAGCUGCAAACCCCCCCAAAAAACGAUCGGUUAGGAAACAGUUCUGAUGGGGCUCGGUUCUUUUGUUGGAAGCAGAACAUCUUUUAGCAUCCCGUGGUAAGAAGAUGGAGUGGGUUAUCGGGCUCGAGUCUCGGUUGGAAUCGGGGGUUCUGCUCGGAGUGUCCAGCGUGUGUACGUGUCUGACCUCUCCCCCGGAAGUCCACCUCUGCAGCGCCGCUCCGGACCGUUAGCGGCUCCGGACUCCCGACUCUCCGCUAACCCGUCACCAUAAGAACCAGCGGCCGAACCGGAGCCAUGGAGGCCGACUGCGGUUCUCUGGACAUCUUUGAGGGACCAGACUGCAUUCAGAUCAAGCCCGAGCCAGACGAGGAUGUGGAAAUCUGCUCUUAUCCCUUCUUGAAGAAGCUGUCCAUCAAACUGACUGACUGCAAGACAUGGCUGGAGGGGCGGGACUUCCUGUCUCUGGAUGAUCACCCUCAGCUCUGUGAGCGGAUGCAGCAUCCCCACACCAACACAGGCAGGAAGAUGAUCUUCUGCCCCAAGUGUGAGAAGGGCUUUUACAAAAGGUCCCACCUAGAGGCUCAUCUGCACAUCCACCAAGGACAGAAGACCAAUGAGUGUUGGCACUGCGGGAAGACCUACCCCACCCUGAUUAGUCUGGUGGUCCACCAGCAGAUCCACGAGCGCAGCGAACCGUACCGCUGCUCCUACUGUGACCGGACCUUCGCCCUGAAGAGGGACUGGAAGACCCACCACCGCACGCACUCGGGGACUAAACCCUUCAAGUGCUGGUUUUGUGGGGACGGCUUUGACCUCCAGGAGAACCUUGCAGUGCACCUCCAAGAGCAUAAGGGGGAAAAGAGCUACUGCUGCACCACCUGCGGUAAGAUGUUUGUGUCUUACCAAGGUUUCAACUUCCACCGCAAGUCUCACAAGGGCUCCAAACUGCUUCCAUGCGGCAACUGCUCCAAGACGUUCAGCAACCCCCAGAGCCUGAAGGUUCACCAGGCCACCCACUCCAACAGGAAGCCCCACGUCUGCCACACCUGUGGGAAAGGCUUCAAGCUGCUGAGCGGCCUUCGCUGCCAUCAGCGGACGCAUGAGGACCUGAAGGAGUAUCACUGCGACGAGUGCGGAAAGUGUUUCUCCAGCCUGCAGGGCUUGAAGCUGCACGACCGCACCCACACUGGCCUCAAGCCCUACAAGUGUUCCGAGUGCGGAAAGAGGUUCACGCAGUCGCCGCAUCUCAAAGCGCACAUGGUGACCCACACGGGUGAGCGGCCCUUCCUCUGCACCACCUGCGGCAAGAGGUUCACCCAGUCCUCCCACCUGCGCUCCCACAUCCGGCUCUUCCACACGGGCGAGAAGCCCUUCACCUGUGACGACUGCGGCAAGAGCUUCACCAUCGCCCACUACCUGAAGAUGCACCGCCUCAGCCACACCAAGGAGAAGUUCUACCAGUGCUCCUACUGUCAGAAGGCCUUCUCCUACCACAACUCCUGGAGGGCCCACGAGAGGAUCCACACCGGCGAGCGGCCCUUCAGCUGCAGCGAAUGCGGCCAGAGCUUCAUCACCUCCGGGUCCCUGCUGACCCACCAGCGGGCCAAGCACACAGGUGAGAAGAGCCAUUACUGCAUCACCUGCGGCGAGUUUUUCCUCACCAGCUCACUGCUGCGCGUUCACCAGCUGGACCACACCGGUGAGCGGCCGCACGCCUGCAGCUGCGGCAAGACUUUCAAGACCAAAGGGGUGCUGCGGCACCACCUCAAGAGGUUCAAGCAUCACCAGGAUGCAGCGUCUCUGCUCCCCCAGGACCCCGCCUUUUGAGGUAGGCGGAGCCUGCGCAAGUAACUGCAGUAGCAGGACGGUGGAACCAAAUGCUGGCAGCUGAGCUGAGGAAGGUCACAUGUUUGUUUUCUGCUUCACGCUUGCAUUUCAUGCCAACAGCGUCUGAACUCUGAUCUGGACUGAAGCCUGUUUGUUCUCUUGAAGCUCUUUUAUUAUUCUUAUAAGCCGAUUUGAGUGCAGACAGCCAAAGAGAAUCAGCAUUUAUAGACCGUGAUGAGUGUGGUCAUCUACUGACGAGAGAGACAAGCUGAUUCUCACCUGGAACUCCAGAAAACUGACGUCUGAUCGUAAACUGAGUGCAGCUUUAAGGAGUGCCUUCUGCUUCUCAGCAGAGCUUUGGGGCAGGUGUGAUGCACCAAAGAAACCACAGUCAGUCUGCUCCUCAGCAGACGCCUUGGUACGUCUUACAUUUAUGAAAGGUACAGCAGUAUAAUCAAAUAAGGCUUUACAUCAAAGGUGGGAUGGGCUGCUGAAUGCUUUACCCCUUUGAGCUACAGUGUCCCGCACAACCUUUGAAAAGCAGCUCGACGCAAGAAGAAAAAACUCUGAAGACCAUCAUAAAAACUCAGUCCGACUUGAUCCAGAAGGUUGCAGCUCCACCUUCAGCUACAUGAACUGUCGGGAGAGUUUACUGAGGUUGGGCCUUUUUAAAACCUUAUUGUUUUAUAAACACGGUUUGUAGCACUACAUGUUUGACAAGGGGUUAGUUAACCCAGAGAUGUGAGCUUUCUUCCUGAUUGUUUCAGCUGUUUGUGAAUGGAGCAUUCUACCUUUUGUUCUCAUUCUGUUCCCUGUUCAGAGGGUUUUAUGAGAGAACGUUCUUCUGGUUUUGUCUACCGUUGCUCCACCCUGAGGCUCUGUAAACCAUUUCUGGAUUCAAAAAACAUUUCUGUGUCUGCACGUUCCACAAAAUGAAAGGGAGGGCUGUCGCUUCCAACAGGCUGAAAUACAUUCACUAGUUUAAAAUUAUAUCUGAUUUAUGGUUAACUCAAUAUGAUUAUGUUUACAUUCGAAACCAAUUUCUUUUGCUUCGAAAAACAGUUUUUACAUGACUACUGAUGGUAACUUAGCAAAAGUAAAACCUAUAUUAAGAUAAUUGAGUUAUCACAUUAAAAACUAAAAAUGGUAAAUGGCGUAUACGCGCUUUCUACCCUCCUUCGAGGGCCCAAAGCGCUUCAGUCACAGACCUAUUCUCCCAUUUACACACACAUUCUCACACUGGUGGUGGCUCCUCUGCCGAACACUGGCGCCAACUAAUUUAAAGCUGUUUGAAAACAUACAUUAGAGAAUAUUAUUUCUGGAUUUGAUGAAUAGAAAUCUUUUUUUUAAGCAAGGACCACACUGAGUUUGCAUAAGAGAUUUUCUGUUAAUGCAGCUUUACUAAGUCAGAAUGUGCAGCUGUUUUAUGAAACUGUGACGUGUCAUAUCCUCGUCUUGUUUGUGUUAAAAAAAACAAAAUCCCACAAUGAGCUGUAUCAUCAUUCAACUAGCUUGGUCUGAGACAUGGAGUCAAGGCCUGGUCUUGAAGGGUUGAGAUUUAGUUGAAACUUAUAUCCAAGAUCAUAUGUUUGGUUCCACCUGCUCUCUGAUGGACAAGUCUUUUAAAAAUAGAACACAAUUCUCAACAUUGUAAAUAAGAGGAAAACAGAAACGUACAAUAAAACCAAAACAACAAACUGUCUUGAUUUACUGUCA